UUUGGUCGGGAAUUGUUGGGUGUUUUUCUCUCCGUGUUGGCAAAAAUGCAUGUCUAGUUUUGGGUUUUGCAUUUUGAGGUUUUGAAAAUGGUGAGAUGCCAUAAGAGUUUGAUUAUUUUUAAACAAAAAACUUCUCGGAAUGGAACUCAAAGGGUAAUUAGUGCAAAGUCGUGACCCCUCGGCCAAUCUGUACAGCAACCAGGGUUUUAAUUAUAUGUGUAGAGUUUCGUAGUUUACUGUUGUUUCUAUUUGGAUGAGUAUGGCUGAUUCUAUUGAGUUGCGUGCCAGCUUGAACUCUCUGAAAAGAGUAGACCCAUAUGUUAAAAGCAUUUUAGCGACUGCAACCCAAGUGGCGUUGUACAAAUUUAAUGUUCCCCAAAAUGUGUGGGAGAAAGCUGACAAGGAGGGCGCCCUGUUCCUCUAUAGCCGAAAUGGAGAGCCCUUUCACAGUAUAAUGAUUUUCAACAGGUUGAACAAAGACAAUUUCAUCGAACCCAUUAUUAAGGACUUUGAUUACCAAGUGCAGUUGCCCUUUUUACUCUACAGGAGCAAGACGAAGAUUUUCGGCAUUUGGUUUUUUAAUCGAGAAGAGUGCACUCGAGUGGCUUCACUCAUUCAGUCUCUGAUGGAUAAGGGCAAGGUGGAAGAGAGGUCGUUGGGGCCCAAUAAUCACUCCAAUGGGCAAAGCAAUGUGGACAUAUUCAGUAUGCUGUCGAAGGCCCAGGAGAAUUUUAACAAAACGCCGAGUAAAUCGGAAGGAAGUGCGUCGACAUUCUUGGCAUCUACUCCAAGAGUACCGGACAUUGCGUCGCAAAGCGUUAUGGAUUUUUUCGCUAAAGCUAGUACAAAGAAUGUGGUUCAGAAGCCAGUGGCGACCGGGGAAAAUGUCCUGCAACGACUCAUGUCGAAUCCGGCCCACAGUGUUGAGCAUAUCGAGAAGCAGCAGAGGUCGAUCACUCCCCAAGAGCUGGCGUCCUAUAGAGGGGAGAUGAGUGCCGACAGAAGUAGCGUGCCGAUUAAGAUCGCCAGCUCCAGCUGCCCAGUGAGAAGUUUUGAGCUCACUAGAAGCGCCCUGGAUGUUCCUCGCCUGUCUCCGCCUAAGCAGAAUGUAACAUCAUCGCCCUUGACCUUUUUGAUGCAAAGCCAAAUCUCCCAUCAGCAAUCAGACGAAAGUAACGACUUGCUGAGCUCGUCGCCUUUUCAACAGUUCUUGGAGAACGCCCAAAAGCCGCUGCUGAUGACUCCAAUGAUGUUCACAGCGGCGAGCUCCUCGAAAAACGCCAGCGAUCACAAUGCGACCGAAGAAGGUGAGCCGGUGGCCAUGUUGACUGAGAAACAGUUGGCCCAGGCGUUAAUUUAUCUUUUAAAACACAACGCCGACUUUGUGAAACAAAUUCACCAAGCGUACACCAAUUCGAUAUUGGAAAAGGUGGACAAAUCGCGAGAUCGGAACCUGCUUUAGCUUACCUGAUAAAUAAAGUAAGUACUCUCUCGGGAAGGAUAAUUGUUUAUCAUGAGUGAMAUUGCGUUAAGUGAGCUGAUUUUCAACUGUUUUGCUCUGUGAUAUUUCAAUGAAGUUUAAAAAUGUAACGCCUGCAUCUGAAKGUUUUCGRGCAAGAGGUAAUUCAGGAUUAUCUUUGCAAAAAAACCUUUAAAAAGUGAAAGUUAUCACCAACAAAACACCAGUUUAGUGUGUGUGUAGAAAUUGRGCCYUUUUUGAAAAGCUAAUUACUGAAAUCCCUCUAUUGUUCUAAAUAUUAGGGAAAAGUCCACCAUUCUACCGCAACUUGCACAUUAGCACUAAAGCAUUUUUGCCUGUCUGAUGCACAAUUAUUCCUCCUGUUGAUUUGAUGUCUUAAAGAAAGGCAUCGCUUGAUUAAUAUCUUUCCAAACUUCCACUCGUAACAAAUAGUACAUUAUUUAUGAUUGUUUCCUCCAACUUCGACUUUUCGAAUGUACCGUUUUAAAUUUUGACAUGUUUCAUGCAAAACAACCAUACUGAAAGGAUCGAGACGUAUUGUGAUAGCAUUGACUAGAAAGUUGUUUUCGAAUUUCACGAUAUUUUAUAAAAUCAACCGUCGUUGUUAAUAUAGUUCGUAUUGUUAUCUGCAUAAGUUUUACGCAUGUGAUUCUGUGUAGCGCACAUGUGUAUCCAAUUGAAAUACUGCCAAUUUGAGAAAUUUUGAGGUACAUUGGAAUCAAGGCUAGGAAUAUUGUCAUUGAUCAGCGCUUGUUAUUGGCAAAAUGAGCAUCUGUUUUGGAAUGUGCCAAUAGCAGUAACAAUAGUCUUCAUGUAAUAUAAGACUUAUCAGCA